UAUUUCUUGCUGCAGUUUGUUAAAACCAACUGAACACACGUAAAUUCAAACGCUGAACACACUAGGCUUAUACACAACACACAAACAUUAUAUCCUUGUUCUAAUGUAGGCCUAUUUAAUUUUCAGUCAUCAUGCCAUCUGUCUCUCAUGUUCAUGUAAGCUUCGUUCGGCUGUGUCGAAUUCAUAGCCGCUGUCAUUUCUGCUGACCACCAGAGAUCACUGUGUUGUCUUCGAUGCUUUGAUGCUUCGGAUCAUUUUGCGAUACAAUCAGGAAGAAGCCUCAAAAGCUUCACAAGGCUUCGUUCGCCCAUCACUAAUUAAAUAUCGCAUUAAACAAACCGCCCUGUCUUCUUCGGACCAAAACUCUUAAACACGUCCAAACGCAUGCGCCCGCCGUCUCUCCCGAUGACCGGGUAGCAGAAUCACGAACCCUUCCAGAUAAAUCUUACCCAGAUACAGUGCUGCUAUUUUCUGAUUGGCUAGACGGGCUCUGGUGCGACGGAUUAAAGUCAAUGGUUCGUGUCAUCCUUGUGUGGCUACAUGCCCAACAAGUUUCAUGUACACAUCUUUCAGUGUCCUGGGAAUCGUUGACAUACAAUUACUGAAGAAAAAAAAUCCGGAAGAAACACUGCGCUGCGUGGCGGUCAUAAUAAAUAUCUCCAAAGUGCUUCUGUCUAGUUGUUGUGUGAGUAGACGACACUCGCGAAUUUGUUGGCCCACCCUCCUAGGCUCUAUCAUAACAAGUGACGUGGUUAUGUUGAAACCGAAAGUAGCCAGUAGCCACACCAUUUUAGAAAAGUAUAUUCGACAGCCAGGCAGGCAACUCCGUGCAGCAUAUACACUGUAUUUCCAAACAAUUUGACAUAAUUGUGCUGCAGGUCGGUGCCUUUGACUUGGACAGCCGGACGCCGUCUGUACUUCGAGAGAUUACAUCGACUGAUACCCACUCACAGCUGGAUAAACUGAGAUGGAGGAUGACAAUUCCUAUGCCAACCUUCUUGUCAGCUUGAAGAGGAAGAGGCAGCUGACAGCUGAUGAGCUUCAGAUCAUAGCGGCUCACAAUGCAGAAAGCCAUGAGGGGAUGGAGGAAGAAGAAGACUUUCUGGACCAGGAGCUGCUGACGAGGGGGAGGAGGAGGAGGAGGAGAGUGGCCUGCCGUCAUCCUCAGUUUGGUAAGUAGCAUGUAUUUUAUUGCAUGUAUUAUACAAUACUUCAUAUGUAAAAUAUGGCAACAUUUAAUUUUAUUUGGUGGGUUUGGGGUUGAUUAGUCAUACUUCCGUAGGUCCUGUGUCAGGGAGGAAGCAUAAACGCUUCUCUGACCCUUUUCCCUCCUGUGCUGAUAGGGACACAGUAUGCUGAUAGGGACACAGAAGCACCAGUUCCAAUACCGUUUAGUCCGCGUCGUCCCUUAGGUGUAGAUUUAGGUGGCGUACGUAGGGCGGUACAGACUGCCACUAAAACACUGCGUGAAAUAGACUUUUUUAUGUUGUUUUUCACUCACGCAGUUGUGUCAGACAUAUGUGGUUUUACAAACCAGAGGGGGUGGGAGCUUGUGCUUAGUAGGCCGUCGUAUGCAAAUAGUGCAGGGACAUGGGACGAAGUGACCCCAGAAGAGUUUCACAGUUUUCUGGGGCUGAUCAUUUACAUGGGCUUCACUUCCCUCCCUAAUAUCCACCGCUACUGGGGAACCAAGUCUUUGCAGGGAUCGUGGGCCAAAUUGUUCAUGUCGCGCAAUCGUUUUAAGGCUCUGUUAGCUGCUCUGCAUGUAGUAGAUCCAGCUACAGAAAACAAUCAAGAUCGUCUUACCAAACUGCGUUAUUUGAUGGACCACUUAAAAAAUAAAUGUUUGGAGUUAUUCCAGCCAGGUCAGCACCUUAGCAUAGAUGAGCGCAUGGUAAAAUCUAAAGGUCGUUCAGGAUUUAAGCAGUAUAUGAAAGGGAAACCAGUUAGGUGGGGUUUCAAACUGUGGGUGAUAGCAACAUCCGAUUCAGGCUAUACUUUGGACUUUAAUAUUUACACAGGUGGUCGUGAUGGUCGUGUCUUAGAUUUAGCCUCAAAAGUUGUAGAGGAGCUAAUACAGCCAUUUAGAGAUAGUGGUCACACCAUUUGGUUUGAUAACUUCUACACAUCACCAACCCUUAUGGUUAAACUUAGAACAUGGGGCCUAAAUGCAUGCGGAACAUGUAGGAUUAACCAUAAAAAAUGCAGUGCAGAAUCUGGUGUUGAACCUAGGUUAGGUAGCUACAGCCAGAUAGACUUUAGAGAAAAUCUAUCACGACAGCUGGCAGGCAUUUCCGUAGAUACAGUUUUUCAGCCUCGGCCUUCAGCUCCUCCAACUACUAUUCUGUCGUCUUUCCAUCAGGUACAUGUUCCUGUACAGCAAGAGCCAAAGAGAAAUUGCUGGCUAUGUUAUAAAAAAAUUAAAAAGGAGCAUAAAACUAUAGUAGCUUGUAUGGCCCCCGAGUGUAAUGGUGUUUAA